UUUGCCAGAAGUAAAAAUGCUGCAGCCCCACCCUGAGCCAGCUCCACACAUACUGUUCUGACAAAACAAAAAGCGAUAUGCUCUGUAAGUUGUUUCUUUAAAAUGUACAAAACUCUGCAAGUAAGAUAGACACUCAAAAUUACUGACUACGUAAAUGUGUCCAGUUGAAAGUACCUGGCAAAAUUACCGGUAUCUUUGUUACUGAAGCACACAUAUUUGAUUUAUCAGGAAAUAGAUCAGGACUUGAUUAAUUUGAAUUCUUACUGAUCAAAGGUAAACUUUUAAGUGAAUGAAGAAUCAUUCUUUGUUUAAUGUUUGGUGUCUCUACCACUUCUGGAUAUGAAGAAAACUGAGAGUUCUGGUGGGAUUACAACAGUCCUUCUCCUAACAGCUGGAGAGGGGAAGAUGGUCUUUUUUUCCAUUAUUCUUUGUGAAAGACCACUCAUACCACUCAUCUUCCUGUGUAUAAAAACAUGACUUUGGUCUGUGUGUUGGGUAAGUGCAUUUCACAAAGUUCUUGUGACAUAUGUUAAGCUGCUGGUCAAGCUUGGGUGGCUGCAUUUUGUAUAGGAAAGCUUGCAAGCAUCUCAGAUAUACAUAUACAUUAAUCAUGCUUUGUUAUCUGUCGGUCAUAGAGAAUGAAGCCCUGAACAACCUGAUCACUGUGGGCUCUACUUUGAGCAGGAGCUUGGAUGAGAUAACUUGCUGAGGUCCCUUCUGGUCUAAUUUUGUAUAAUUUGGUGAUUACAAACCUGGUCAUAAAAUCUAAUCUUUACUGAAAAUGAAGUGGCUUACAUUUUCGUAAUCCAUGGGAAGUUUUUUCUUUUCACAGGAGUGUGACUCUGGGGAGCUUCUCAAGCUUUGUAGGACAUGACUGGAGAACUGUAAUGUUUUGGAAAUGGCCUGGGCUGUGUUACCUACUGUGCUUUUUCCAGCCGUAAUUUCUAUGAAUCUGUAAUUUUGAGGUUGAUUACUUGUUGCCCAAUUUCACAGUUACUUAAUUCCAGUAUCAGGCAUACUUAAAGAGACCACAUUUAGUCAUGUACCAUUUGAAAGAUGGAUGAUGAUGAUUUUGGAGGAUUUGAGGCAGCAGAGAGCUAUGAGUGUGGAAAUGGUGAAAAGCAGACUACAUCUCCUGCUAUUUCUUGGGCAGCAUUUCCUACAGUAUCUGAAGUCCAUGUAUCUCAGAAUAUUUCUCCUGAUGUUCUUCUGGAGCACUCUGUGCCUUCAUCCUGCCUGGUUCCUCCUGACUCAUUCACUUUAUCAAAUGAUAAUGUGGCAAAGGCUAUUCAAACAGCCAAUGUUAUAAACCCAGCUGUACUUAAAGAACAGAAUCAAGUAGAUAUUCAAGUUGCCUCUUUGAAUUUAAGUGAAGUCACGUCGGCCAUUGGUACGGAUGGUAAUGAGACAAAGAGGCAAAAUGAAUUGAAGAGCUCUCUUCAACAAACUGUAGCAAACCUAGAAACCAAGCUUUGCACUGCUGAAGAAGAAAAAAUAAAAACAAAAAAGGAAUUAGAAUAUUUACUGGAAGAAAACAGUAUUCUAGAAAUGAAUUUCUUGAAGGAUAAAAAAGAAAAGCUACUUAAAUAUCAAGAUCAUUACAAGAUGAUCCAGUUGUUGCAGGGCUUCACAAACAAACAAAACAGUUUUAUUCAAGAAAAUCUGAAUGUAGAAAAGCAUAAGCAGGAGUUAGAAGAUAUGAGACGAGCUGGACAUGAAGCUUUGAGUAUUAUUGUUGAAGAAUUCAAGGCACUGCUACAAUCUACAGUUCAACAGCAAGAAGCAGCUAUUGAAAAACAGUAUAUACUGGCAAUUGAAAAACAGUCCCACAAAUGUGAAGAACUUCUUAAUGCUCAGCAUCAGAGACUUCUUGACAUUUUGGAAGCAGAGAAGGAAGUCUUAUCAGAAAAGAUAGAAGAAGCUUUGAUGCAACAGUCACAAAAACAUAAGGAAGUGCUGGACAAAUGUUUGGAUGAAGAAAGAGAAAGAAGUAAGGAAACUGUGGCAGCUGCUAUGCAGACUGAAAAAAAAAUAGUGGAGGAGGCUGUUCUGAAAGCAGUAGAGGAGGAAAGGAGAAAUAUGGAGAAGAUUCAUGAAGAAGAAAGAAAAAUGUGGGAAGCAGAACGUGACAGACAUAAAGAGAAAAUUGCCCAGGCUGUUCAAGAAGCAAUACAAGAGCAAAGAAAACAUAAUCAAGAAAUUGUCAAGGAAGCAUUAAUGGAGGAGCAAAAACGAAGUGAAAAGGCAAUCGAAGAAGCUGUGAAAAGGACAAGGGAGGAACUGCUGGAAUAUAUUAAAGAGCAGAAAAGGAUAUCUAGCCUUCUUGGCAAUGAAGCUUUGAGGGAACAUCAGAAAUACCACAUUCAGAAAGGACUGUCUGACAAUGAAAUAGACACCAAAAAGCAUUCCAGGCUGCAGCCCAGUUGGGAAUAUGGUGCAUCCAUCUCCAAAGAUCUCUUCCUUCCAAUUUCUCUCACCUAAUGUGUCAGCCUGCUCAACGUUUUGGGGGAGAUCUCCUCUACUUGUAAUAAUGACAAUGUGUUCUGAGUCUUGGAGGAAAACAUGUUACCUCACUGUCAUAGUGACAGAACAUCUUGUGCCCAGAAUGGUUUCCUGAGACGCUCUGCUAGUGCAUUGGCAAGUUAGUCUCAAACUGUACGUAGCUGCCUGUUAUGGAUUAUAUCACAGACACUUACACUACUGUACUGAAAAGAAAAUGACUAUGUUAUAAGAUCUUGAAUAUUAUUUUCUGUUGCAUCAGUGAAAACUGUUGAUAUGUCUCUGCAUAAAAAAGGAGAUAGCUAGCACAAGAUUUUCAGUAUUGUUUUAAUGAAAGUUAUUCUUUUUAUCUAACUGUGGCUUUAAUCAAGAGUCCAGUGUCCUUAGCACUUAAGAUUGAAGGAUGAGACAGAAUUACUCAGAAGAAUGGUUUUCAUCAUCCUCUUUAAGAUAGACAUUUGUUUCAUUUCAAAUCAAAUUUGAUUACCUCCAAAGCAUGUGAAACAACUACCUGUUAAAAACAGCAAAAAGGAUUCCCCAUCCACAACCACUUCAAGGUUCACACAGAGGAGGUAAUGAAGUAAACUCAUUCUGUUCUUUAUGGAAGUCCUAUGGAUCAGUUCUCACCUAACCCAUGAGAAUAAGAAAAACAAAGGCCUUUGCUCACCUUUGCAUAGGCAGAUUCAAUGCCUAUAUAAUCCAGUUCUCCUUUCAUAUUUUCCCAUGCCAUAUUGUCCUCUGUUGCUACAAAGUGGUAGCAGAUUGUUAACAAGGUAUAAACAUGUAUCAGCAGAUGAGCUAAGUGCUAGUUGCCAUCAUUGCUGCCAAGCUUUGGUCACAGCCAAUAUCAACGUAUCCUACAGAAACAGUAUUGUAUCAUUUUGUUUAGGCUCUGGUUUGGUACAGAGCUGAUGAAUACAGCUCUUUUUACAUGUUUUAGGACUUGACUACUUUCUAAUGUUUCUCAUUAGAGGGCCAAUAUAUUCAUGCCUAUAUAUGUAAUUGCUUGAUAUUGCUAUAAAAUCCUAAAUAUUCAGACAUUAAGUAUUCCAAUUAAGUAUUCCAAGAUCUUCAGAUGUUUUUAGAUGUUUCAGAUAGUCAUAAAGUGUUCAUCUUCAGUUAUCUUUUAAUACUAAAUUAUUAUUCUUUUUAACAUGCCUUAUAGUUUUGAACUCUUAACAUUCUUAACAUUCUUAUUUCUAAGCUCUGCACUGUAAAUGCAGGUGCUAGGAAGUCUUCACACACACACACACACACACACACACGCACACGCACCCUUUAUGAGAUCCUAGGAGAUGAUCCUAGGAGAUGAGGUGUUAAGGAAAACAUCCAUUAUUAUAUAAUCUCUGAUCAAAUCACCAGAGGAACAGCCCUAGGUAGGAUGGAUCAGUGGUUCACAUGAAGAAGUGUGUUACCCUUCUGCCCUGCUUCACCCAUCUUGCUGUUAACCUCAGUUACAUAGUCAUAACUUCAAUUUCCUCCCAGGGUGAAGGUUUGGGGUUAGAUUUCAGGUUGACUUUGCACUAAUGUUGGCUUCAUUUGUAAUCCUGCAGUCUUCUGCUACAAAUGAGAAAAAGCAUCAUGCUGUUCUGUCAAGUUUUCCUAUGUUAUAUAAACUCUAACCUCUUGAUAAACAUUUUCCAUUAAGAUUAUUCAGGAUCAAAAAGAUCUAUCUCCUUCCUUGAACAAAUGUUACCACUGUGGGACAUGCUAGAAAACAGAGGGACUUAAUCUGGUAUUUGGAACUGUAAAUCCCAAUGCAAUCUGAAUUGGUAGACUGCUUCUGAUGCCUCUGUGUUACUUGCUCAAUCACUAGAGCAGUAGCCUCUGCGUUUAAAGAGAGUAUAUAGUUCUCACUAGUUCCCAUUGACUGUCUGCCACAGUGCAUAAAGUCAUGCAGAACCCAAAUUAAUCUCUCUCACAUUAUUUGGCUUAUUACAUACCAAACUGACAGGCUUCUAGGCAGCUUGGACAGAUAAGACAAAAGUAUGGAAACCAACAACUGUGCUCACUGUGUCAAAAUUAUGUUGAUCAUCCUGUUUAAAGGAAAAAAAAAAAAGAAAAAAAAAAAAAACAUUAUAAAGGCUAAGUUUUACAUCAUUUUAAUACAAAAUUAACAUAGUAACAAUGUGCAGAUACAAUCAAAACAUAUAUUUGCAACAUCUGUGAUUAGAAUCUUCGCAAUUUUAUUUUAAAUAUGACUGGCAAUAACUAGAGAAGAACUUGGUAACAAUGAGGAAAGAAAGUAAUUAUAUCCCCUGUUGACUAUCCUAGAUGUAUCCUGUAAAUACAUCUAAAUUAAAUUAAAAAUAAAGAACAUAAAUAAAAAUGGUGAAUCAGAGGUUCACAGCAAGAUGAAAAUAUUACAAUUGCAUUAUUAUGGAUCUUGUAAAUGUUAAAUAAAGCAAAGACAAUACAAUGGACUUUGACCCACUCAAACAGUAUUUAAAAGCAUAGUGUAUACAAUGUCUGUCACUUAACUGGAAACUAGUAUAAAAUGAAUGGUUCUUAUCAUUCCCCUUUGUGAGAACUCAGAUCAUGGAAAAGUAAUGAUCCAAUGAAGUUAUAAGAAGUUCCCAUUUAGUGUAAUAAAUAAAUAGUGGUUUAAUACUGAAAUAAAACUAAGUUGUUUAUUAAGUA